AUGUUCCUUCUACUAGCUGGUAUCGCCGCUUUGGCUAUCCUCUAUCUCUACCAUGUCAACCGAGGAAUGUGCGCCGUCCCCGCCGAAGCUCUCGCGCUGUCCCCUCGGCGCUGGACCGUGGAGGAGAUCAAAGCUGCCUACGACGAGGCGGCCAGAUCGCCGGUCGAUGUGAGCAAGGGUCUUCCUCCCAAGCAAAACCGUCGCUAUAUUGUUGUGGGUGGAUCUGGACUGGUGGGCAAUUGGAUCGUGAGACACCUUCUCAUGCGCGGCGAAACCCCCGCCGCGGUGCGUGUCCUUGAUCUCAAACCACCCCAGCGCGAACUCCUUGACCAGGGCGUGUCCUUCGUCCAGACCAAUGUCACGGAUGAGAAGGCCGUGCUGAGCGCAUUCGCGCAGAAAUGGUCGCCAGACGUUGUGGAUCUCCCCCUGAGUGUUUUCCACUGCGCCGCGGUCAUCCGACCUGCUGAGCGUCACCCUGCCUUUCUCCCCUUGUGUUGGAAGGUGAACGUCGGGGGAACCGUGAAUGUGUUGAAUGCCGCCAAGCAGUUCGGUGCCAGCUGCAUGAUUGCGACUUCCUCAGGGUCCGUCGCUAUCCGUCGCCCGUCUUGGUGGAUCGCCCCCUGGCAGAUGGUGCCCAGGUUUCUGGUGCAGGUCAUCGGGGACUCGACUGACGUGCCGAAAGAGCACGACCAGUUCUUCGGCAACUAUGCGGUGGCUAAAGCAGAGGCAGAGAGGAUCGUCCGUUCCGCGGACGACCUGAAGUCCAACUUCCGGACCGGUUGCAUCCGCCCCACGAAUGGAAUCUACGGCAUUGGCGCGGACGACAGCGCAACGGUCACGGGCCAGUACCUGCGCUCCGGCGGCAAUCCCAGCUGGACCUACGAUGUCAUCCACAGCUUCGUCAACGCCGAGAACGUCUCCCUCGCCCAUCUGCUCUACGAACAGCGUCUGAUCGAACAUACUGACCGCCCCGACGAGCGGCCGAACAUCGGUGGCCAGGCCUUUGUCGUCUCUGAUCCCAACCCCGCCGUCGCCUUUAGCGAUGUCUACCUUCUCCUCACGACCUUGUCCAAGACGCCCGUGAGCUUCCCUCGCGUCCCCGCUAUCCCCUUCGUCCUCCUCUCGCAUCUGGUCGAAUGGUACGCGCUCUUCCAGCACACGUAUUGCCCCUGGCUGCCGAGAGUGCAGGGUGAUCUGGCCCAGAUGCAACCGGCACUCUUCUUCAUUGCGAAUGUGCAUACCUUUGCCGACGACUCGCGCGCGCGCAAGUCCCCCGAACAGGGUGGUCUGGGUUAUGCGCCGGCGAUUACUACGCUGGGCGGGAUGUGCAAGCAGCUGGUGGAAUGGAACCUGGAUGUCAAGGCGACUGCGCCCUGA